GUCAUCGUGUGCACUGGCAACCUCUCCCUUCCUCCUCCGGUCCUACAGUUUCCCGGCAACCCCGCGAGAUGAUGUCGCCAAAACCCUAAACCCCUCCCCCGCCGCCGUCACCUGGGCCAGCGCCCUCCCGGAGCUGGAGCUCCGCUCAUGAACCCCUCCCUUACCGCCUCAGCCAGCGAUGCACAAGAUUCUCCCUCGAGCCGCGUCCUACCUUGACGCGGCCGCGGGCCAGCCGCUGCUGUCCUCCCACAUGCCCGCGCUCCGCCUGGCCGGGCCGUUUCUCGCCACCUGCUCCAUACCGCGCACCGGUCUCCUCCGCCAGAGACAGCGGCCGUGGCUGCGCUGCGGCGGUGGCGGCGCGGUCGCGAGGAGGGGGCUCUGCUCCCUCGAGGCAGCGAGGCGCGGGGAUGCUGCCGAGGAGGGAGAGGAGAGGGUUCCCGGAGGAGGUGGGGGUCGUAUUUCGCCGGAGAGGAGGCAGAGAGGUCGGGGCGAUGCGGCGAUGGGAAGCAGCGGGGAGCUGCUCGCCAUUCCUGGAGUCGGGCCGCGGAACCAGAGGAAGCUCGUUGACAAGGGAUUCGAUGGCGUGGCGCCGCUCAAGGAGCUCUAUCGUGAUAAGUUCUUUGGCAAGUCUAAUGAGAAGAUGGUUGAGUUUUUGCAAAGUUCAGUUGGCAUCAUACACAAGAACCAUGCUGAGAGUAUUACUUUGUUCAUCAAAGAGAGCGUUGAUGAGGAGCUGAAAGGCACUGAUACAUCUAAGCCUCGUGGAAGUAAGAGGCUUACCUUUUGUGUCGAGGGGAAUAUCAGUGUUGGGAAGUCUACAUUCCUUCAAAGAAUUGCCAAUGAGACUAUCGAACUACGUGACCUUGUGGAAAUAGUACCUGAACCUGUUGCUAAGUGGCAGGAUGUUGGCCCUGAUCACUUUAACAUACUGGAUGCUUUCUAUGCUGAACCACAGAGGUAUGCAUACACUUUCCAAAAUUAUGUCUUUGUGACAAGGGUGAUGCAAGAAAAGGAAUCUUCAAGUGGAAUAAAGCCUCUCCGGCUGAUGGAAAGAAGUGUUUUCAGUGAUAGAAUGGUUUUUGUGCGUGCUGUUCAUGAAGCUAAAUGGAUGAAUGAGAUGGAGAUCAGCAUUUAUGACUCCUGGUUCGACCCAGUUGUAUCUUCACUCCCAGGUCUUAUCCCCGAUGGUUUUAUUUAUCUAAGAGCUAGCCCUAACACUUGCCACAAAAGAAUGAUGAUUCGGAAAAGAUCAGAGGAGGGUGGUGUUAGCCUUGAUUACCUUCAAGGUUUACAUGAGAAGCAUGAAAGCUGGCUACUUCCGUCCAAAGGGCAAGGUUCUGGUGUGUUGUCAGUCAGUCAGCUCCCAAUUCACAUGGAGGGCUCCCUGCACCCAGAAAUACGAGAUCGAGUUUUCUUCUUGGAAGGAGAUCACAUGCAUUCUAGUAUCCAGAAGGUUCCUGCUUUGGUUCUGGACUGCGAAAACGACAUCGAUUUUAACAAGGAUAUUGAAGCUAAGCGACAAUAUGCUCGGCAAGUUUCGGAGUUCUUUGAAUUUGUGAGGAAAAAGAAUGAAGCUACUGUGGAGACAAGUGACGGUGAUAAGAGUAUAAGCCAACCGAUUAAGCUUCCCAGCAGGCGUGAUUUGUGGGUCCCUGGAGGCAGCUUUUUACCAAAAUCUGCUCUAAAUUCUCUUGAAUUCAGAAGAGCAAUGUCUUCCUUCCUCUCAACAUAAGGGCCGACAUCCCAUGAGCAACUAUCAAUUGCUACGCAUGGUAUGGCAUCUGGAUCUCAAAAUACGACCUCUAACUGAGGACCGUUGAGUGUUGUAUAAUCCCAAAGUCUAGGAUUUCAUCUCUACUGGUAGCCAACGCUGUAUGAUAGUAUCUAGCUCUGUGUGCCUGUAAAUACUGACCUCACUACUUGUUUCGCGGUACCUGGUAGUAGUAGCAUAAAAAAGUAAAGAACCAUAUGUUGUUUGUAUCUAAGCUUCAUUUUGUUGUUUGUUUGCCUGGGCUCGAUGAUGCAACACAUCUCUUCUUUACAAGAAACAGAACCAUAUUUCUGA